AUGGGUGAAACCGACUUCUCUACGGCCGAGGAGAACCCUCAAGAAACCGAACCCCCUUUAGGUGCCCAACAUGGAGCCUCUACACACCACCACCAACACCACCAACCUUCGCGACCAGUCUCACGCGACGUCGGGAACGCCUCGCCGCUCACGGCCUGGCACUGCCAGACCACAGCACAAGUCGCCCAGACGCUGGACGUGGACAUCGGCAAUGGUCUCAGCGUCGACCAAGCGGAAUCUCGCCUCCAGAUCCAUGGGCCUAACAAGGUUAAAGGAGCUGAAGGGCUAUCCUUGUGGGCGCUUCUCUUAAGGCAGGUGUCCAACAGUCUCACACUUGUCCUUCUCAUCACUAUGGCGCUAAGCUUUGGAAUCGAUGAUUACAUCGAAGGCGGUGUUAUCACUGCAGUCAUCCUCCUCAACAUUGUUGUCGGGUUUUGGCAAGACUACAAGGCAGAGAAGACGAUAGAAUCUCUCAAAAGCCUGACUGCGCCAGAGUCCAUCGUUAUACGUGGUGGAGACACCAUCAAAAUCCAGGCGAUCAACCUCGUCCCCGGCGAUAUUGUACAGCUGGAGACCGGUAACAUCGUCCCAGCCGAUAUUCGCCUCGUGGAUGGCUUGAAUGUCUCCACUGACGAGGCUUUUCUCACUGGUGAAGCGGAGCCUAUAGAAAAGGAUCCCUCGAAACUCUAUGAUGACCCAGAUGUGCCUCUAGGGGACCGUCUAAACCUCGCGUUCUCCGGAAGUGAGAUGAAGCGCGGGCGUUGCAGGGCGAUUGUCGUCUCAACCGGCAUGAAGACCGAGGUCGGCAAGAUUGCUAACAUGCUUCGCCAAAAGGACGAAACAUUGCAUGAUCUUGGACCGCUGGCCAAAUUUUGGAAAAAGACUGUCAAGACCGUAAAGUCAAUUCUUGGACUUGACGGAACGCCUCUCCAGAUCAGUCUCAGCAAAUUCGCUCUCUUACUGUUUGGUCUCGCUAUUCUACUUGCCAUUAUUGUCUUUUCGGCAAACAAAUGGCAGGUUGGUGGCGAAGUAUUGAUCUACGGUAUCUGUGUCGCCGUUGCUGUCAUUCCAGAGUCUCUUAUUGCAGUCUUAACUAUUACCAUCGCCGUGGGGGCCAAAGCAAUGGCCAGAUCCAACGUUAUCAUCCGUGUUUCUUCAGCCAUUGAAGCUGUGGGUGGGGUGACUUCAAUCUGCAGUGAUAAAACAGGCACUCUCACAACGGGCAAGAUGAUUGCUCGAAGGGCGAUCAUCCCAGGCUUUGGUACAUUAGAGGUGGACGGCACUUCACACUCCUAUGACCCCAACAGCGGAUUCGUCACGCACGACAGCACCCGUCUCGACCCCAAUAGCUUCUCUCCUAAUGGUGCCUGUACACGCUUCCUCAGGACGAUUGCACUGUGCAACCAGUCUAAGGUAGAGUAUACGGCCAACUCUUCUGAUGAUGCUACCGUCGGGAAGAAAGACGCAAACGAGCGAAUGAUGAGUGACGACGAUGAUGGUACCGAUGCCUCAACUAUCCAAUCUGCUACCAUCACACGUCCUACCACCGCUUCUGGACAGAGUACGUUAAUCUUUGGGGAAUGGAAAGCUUUCGGAGAACCCACAGAGGUCGCUCUCCAGGUCUUGGCUAUGCGUUUCGGCAUGGGCAAAGAAGAACUACUCUCCGGGCUCGACAUUCGUCUUGCUGCUGAGUUUCCAUUCGACUCAUCUGUCAAGAAGAUGACCGUUGUCUACGAAGACAGACAGGCUGGCCAUCUGGACGUCUACACCAAGGGCGCCACAGAAUUCAUGUUGCCAGUAUUGGAUAUUCCCCAGUCUGAAAAGGCCAAGAUCGAAGAAAUGGCAGAGAACAUGGCCAAAGACGGUCUUCGUGUCCUCUGCAUUGCCCACAAGCUCUUGCCAGUGGGCACGGAUCUCCACCAGCGUGAAGCUGUGGAACAAGGUCUGAACUUCAUCGGUAUGGUGGCUAUCUACGAUCCACCUCGUCCGGAAAGCAAAAAGGCCGUUCAAGAUUGUCAGGUCGCAGGCAUUACGGUGCAUAUGCUCACGGGUGAUCACCCCGCUACUGCCGAGGCCAUAGCGCGAGCUGUCAGUAUUAUCGAUGCUUCGCUACCCCGUGGCCAGAUAGGCAAGACUGUUAUGAUUGCCAGAGAAUUCGACGCCUUGGGUCAAGAGGAGGUUGACGCUAUGGAACAACUGCCUCUCGUUGUCGCCCGGUGCAGCCCAUCGACGAAAGUCAAGAUGGUUGAAGCGCUUCACAGGAGGAAGCAGUUUUGUGUUAUGACUGGUGAUGGUGUCAACGACUCACCCGCCCUCAAAAAGGCUGAUGUCGGUAUCGCCAUGGGCUCAGGGUCUGACGUCGCCAAAGACGCUGCAAAGAUGGUUUUGACGGACGAUAACUUCGCCUCCAUCGUCGAAGCAGUGAAAGAAGGACGUCGUCUGUUCGACAACAUUCAGAAGUUCCUCAUGCACCUCCUCAUCUCCAACAUCGCCCAAGUAAUCCUCCUGCUUAUCGGCCUCGCCUUCAAAGAUCGCGACGCGCACUCCGUCUUCCCGCUCUCUCCCAUCGAAAUUCUCUGGGUCAACCUCAUCACAUCCUCCUUCCUCGCCAUCGGCCUCGGCCUCGAGGAGUCCCAGCCAGACUCUAUGCUCCGCCCUCCACACAACCUUUCCGUUGGCGUCUUCACAAAGGAACUCAUCACAGACAAGUUCAUCUACGGCUUCUUCAUGGGCUCACUGUGUCUGCUAAGCUUCGCUGUCGUUGCGUAUGCAGGCCCUGGAGGCGGUGAUCUGGGUAGCGGGUGUAACGAGGGUUGGAAUGAGACGUGUGGAGUUGCUUUCCGCGCUCGAGCGACUACUUACGCGACGAUUACGCUGCUGUUGCUUGUCACGGCAUGGGAGGUCAAGCACUUCGCGCGCUCGCUAUUCAACUUGUAUCCUGACAGCACAACACCUCGCGGCUUGUCUGUCUUCCCGACUGUCUGGCGUAACCGCUUCCUCUUCUGGGCCGUCACUGCCGGCUUCACGAUCAUGUUUCCCAUCGUAUAUCUCCCCGUAAUCAAUAGAGAGGUGUUCAAGCAUGGCUCCAUGACGUGGGAGUGGGGCGUGAGCUUCGGCUGCGUUGCAAUCUACAUCGCUGCCAUCGAGGUGUGGAAAGCGAUCAAGCGCAGACUUGGACUCUGGAGCGGUGCGCACAAGGUUCUUGCUGGGGAGGAGAGGGUCGACGGAGUUGUACAGCCGGUGGUGGCAGAGAAGUAG